AUGUCUGGAACGAAAAUCGAUCGAUUACAUCCACAUUCAGCUUGUCGACGUCUGCAUGGACUGACGCGGAAGCAGUUAAGGUUUUGUCGACGUAAUAUCGACCAAAUGGAUAGCAUACGCGGAGGAGCACAAAUUGCUUAUUCCGAAUGUCAAUAUCAGUUCCAUCAGCGAAGAUGGAAUUGUUCAUUAAUUCAUCCAAGUACGAAGGCAGUUUUUGGUGACAUGGUGUUAAGACGUGGAACUCGUGAAGCAGCUUUUGUACAUGCCAUUUCUUCAGCUGCGAUUGCUUAUCGAAUCACAAAAGAUUGUUCAAAAGGAUUGAUUGACAAAUGUGGUUGUGAUUUGAGUGCUUUAAAACAAACGGACCAGUUUAAUUGGAAUGGUUGUUCGGAUAACGUACGUUAUGGUGUGGCAGUGUCAAGAGCUUUUGCAGAUGCUGCUGAACGGGUCAAAAAUCAAACAAUUGCUAGAAAAGUGAUGAAUUUGCAUAAUAACAAUGCCGGAAGACAAGUCCUUGAACUGAGCACUCGAAAACAAUGCAAGUGCCAUGGAUUAAGCGGUUCUUGUGACAUGAAAACGUGCUGGAAGUCGAUGCCCACUUUCAGGGAAAUCGGAAAAAUAAUCAAAGAUAAAUUUGAUGGCGCUACAGAAGUGGCUGUCAUUGAAGGUGACAGUAAACCAAUCAUUGUUCGUAAAAAUGCUAAUUUCAAAAGGCAUACCAAAGCUGAUCUCGUUUAUCUGGAACAGUCUCCGGAUUAUUGUGAACCUGAUCCAGAACAGGGUAUUCUUGGAACACAUGGGCGACAUUGCAAUGUUUCCUCACACGGUAUAGAUGGCUGUGAAUUGUUAUGCUGUUAUCGAGGAUUUGAUUCAAGGAUACAUAAGGUAAUGGAUCGAUGCAAUUGCAAAUUCCAUUACUGCUGCAGAGUAAUAUGCCAACCGUGCGAAAAAAUUAUCGAAGAGCAUAUAUGCAAAUGA